UUUUUUCUGGAUAUUAUGAUAAUCAAGAUGUAGCAUGGAAGACUUGUGAUGCAUAUAAGGAGCAAAAGGGGAUGAAAACGCUAAAACAUGAAGCUCAUAUAUAUUCUAUUUUGAAAGAAUGUCAAGGUCGUGAUAUUCCACGUUUGUUCUACAGCGGUUACAUUUAUGACGGAUAUCUUUUCGCGUUAGCGUUACAAUUAAUUGAGGGCGCCCAUCACGUUGAUCCGGAAAGACUCACUAAAGAGGAAAAAAUGUCAAUAGUCAAUCAGCUAAAGUCAAUACAUAAUUGUGGUGUCCUACACAAUGAUAUCUCAGAGAAAAAUAUUCUAUAUGAACCAAAGAGUCGCCGUUACUUUUUCAUUGAUUUUGGCUUGAGUGAGGUCGUGGGUAGUGAGUCGCCGAAAUUGCGCCAGGAAGAAAGAAGAUUAAAAAGAUUUUUAAAUACCACAUUAUCGCACUAG